CUCAGGCGCCUCCCGUCCGUUGCCCGCCAAACGCCAAACGCCAAACCGUUGCUCGGCUCUCUCAUCCUAUUUGAAUUUGGGAUUGUGUUUUGUGUUGCGUCUCAGUGGUGGAUGCCACAAUUUUGUUUUCUUGACCGGUGCUAAGACAAUAUAACCGGACGGGAAAAUGAGUGAAGCCACGAAAAAGAGUUUUCGUGAUGCUUUUCAAAAGUCUCAAUAUAGUGUAACCUCUCACGAAAAGCUCUUUAGACACCUCAAGCAACUUUACGCCAAGAUGCCUGCUGAUGUGUUUCUGGCUGAGUUCAUCCGUUGUCUGCAAGUGGCUCUUAUUCAUGGAGAAAAGCAUCGAACGGUAGAGAAUUCAUUAAAUUUUGCUGCUAAAUUUAUUGCACUUCUUCUUCCAACGAAGCCACUUGAUGAUGGAGGGAAAAUGAUGGAUGUUGAGGAGGAAGAGGAAAUAUGUCCUUUUGUUUUAAACGUCCUUAAAUUUUUAUUUGAGAAUCACAACUCGGAGCAUCAAGGUAUUCGCUUCCGAGUCUGCCAAUUCAUCAAUAAAAUUUUAAACAGUUUGGGUAAUGACGCCUGCCUUGAUGAUAACUUAUGUGAUGACAUCAGUGAGUGCAUGAUGGAGAGACUACAGGACAAGGCACCAGCUGUUCGUAUGCAAGCAGUCUUGGCUCUUCACAGACUUCAAGACCCAGCUGAUGCCAACUGCCCUGUAAUGAAAGCUUUUCUAUUCCACAUGUCGUCCGAUCCCAAUGCUGAUGUGCGACGAGCAGUUAUCACCAAUUUGGCUAUCACAUCCCAAUCAGUACGAUGCCUUUUGGAACGUACACAUGAUUGCAAAGAUGUAGUGCGUCGCGCCGCUUAUGUCAGUCUGUCAAAAUUAGGUGUGGCAAGAUUUUCUAUCAUACAGCGAGUGAAACUCCUUACUAAUGGCCUUAAAGAUCACUCAGCACUUGUUCGUGAGAGUGUCUCAAAAGUGAUGCUGCCAUCUUGGUUACAAUUCUAUAAAGGAAGCUUUUUGGCACUUAUCCAUGCCCUUGAUUGUGAAAAUUCAACUGAGAUAUCCAUUUUAACCCUGCAGUCUCUCUUCAAGUCUGAGUCCAUUAAGUCAGUUUUGGAGGAGUUGACAAAGUUGUUAAAUGAAGACAAAGUAAUUCCUGUAGGUUCUCUCAACCCAGACAAUGCUUUGUACUGGAGAGUUCUUGUUGAGUAUUUAGAAGCUCAUCCAGAAAUUGCGGAAGAACGUCCUGUUGAUGAGCCUCUCCCUGAAUUGUUACCAGAGCUAUCAACAUUUUGUAAUUACAUAAAAGAGUAUUAUGAAGUUCAAUCAGCAAAAGAUGAGGAGCAUUGGGUAAAAUUACAGCAUCAUUAUGUUUUAACUCAGUUGCUUCAGUUAUGUAAAAGUUUUGACUUGGCUGAUGAAAUGGGCAGAUCUAAUUUGAAGAGUUUGUGUUUGUAUCUCUUAACAAAUAACACAGUCUCUGAGAAUAUAGUUCCUGUAGUAAUUGAGCUCAUGGUUAAAAUCCUACCUUCUGUGGAAGAUAGGCUACAAGCCUUGGCUGAAGUCAUAUCUGAAGUGCGGGAGCCAAUGAUUGAACAAGGAGUUGAAACUGCUAUUGUAGCUGUCCCAACCUUGUCAAAUGAAGAACUUCGUCAACGGGAUCUGAAGCAAUUAUCUAUUAGAGUAAAAAUAAAUGAGCUGAAAGAGGAACAGGAUGAUGCUGUGAGAAAUCAGGACUUUGUUAAAGCCCAGGCACUUCAGGAAGAUUAUAAAAAACUACAACUUGAACUUGAAGCUUUGAUGGAAGCACCAGCACCAGCUGUUGUAGUUCCUCCUCCUCAAGUUGAAGUUCGUGAUGCAGUGAAAGAUGAAAUGGCCCUCCGAAAGUGCUUGCGAAUUGUGAGGGAAAUGGUUCAAUCAGAUACAGUGAAGACACUCUCUGCCACUUUACGUUCCUUGAUGCAAAACUUUGUCGUACCCUGUCUUCAGGAAGACAACUCCAAUGUUAUUAGAAAUAAGGCAUUAGAGUGUUUAGGGAUUUUUUGCCUCUUGGACAAGCCUUUGGCACAAGAAAAUUUCCUCAUGUUUUGCUUUCAGAUUGCUAAUGAUGAUGUAUGUGAGGUUGCCUUGAAGGUUACUUUCGAUUUACUUCUUCUCUAUGGUUUGGAAACUUUCCAAAUUCAAGAAGAAAAUGGAGAAACUACUGAAAAAAAGAAGUCGAAAAAGAAAAAGAAUCUCUUUGUAACUGAUAUGUAUGAUGAUGGAUUUGACACUGAAGAAGAGGAAAGCCAAGAGACUCAAACACACAUUUCUAGUGGUUCCAGUGGAAACACAUCCAAUUUGAUAUCUAUAUUGACAUCUCUGCUUGACAGUACCUCUACAUCCAUGCGCAACUUAGCAAUGGAAGGAUUGUAUAAACUCUUGAUGGCUUGUCGCAUUACAUCCUCAGCUCUCUUAACCCGUCUGAUUCUCAUGUGGUACAGUCCAGUUACAGAAGGAGAUGAGACUCUUCGUCAACCUCUUGGUGUGUUCCUAACAGUGUAUGCCUCUCAGUGUCCUAGAAGCCAGGAAACACUCGAACAGGCAUUCCUUCCAACUUUAAAAACUUUGAUAAAUGCUCCAGUCACAAGCCCUUUGACGCAAAUUGAUUUGGACAGUGUUGCCCGCUUGUUUGUAAGCCUGACUAGGCCGGGGACAAAUAAAAACCAUUCUAAGACGAGCCAUAUUCACAAUAACAUGGCUCUUUCAAUUUGCAAUGCAAUAAUGGAUUCUGAUAAUGCCACUUGCAUUUCUGUCUUGCUAAGAGCACUGAACUGUCUAGACCUCUGUCUAGAUGAUCCUGUGUAUCGAGAAGAACUGAAGACUCUUACUUUCAAGGUUCGAGAGAUUUUCAGGUCAUCUAAAGAAAAACAGUUUGUGCGAAGUUUGGAUAAGAUUAUCUCAGCAGUUCAAGCAGCCAUGGAAAAUGUAUCAAUGAGAACAAAUGAAGUUGAUAAUACAGCAGCCUCCAGCCAGCUUGAAGGCACUAACACUUUGAUUGACAAGACCAUUAAUUCAGAUGUUCAAGAAGCUGAAAAACGCAGCAAUAAUGCCAGGUUGCUGCACCCUAGAAUGCAUUCUAUACUGGCUGAAAAUGAAUUUAAUGAGGAGGAGGAAGAAGAAGAUGAUAAUAGCCAGAAAACACCUACCGCCACCUCAGGUCUUGUUAUUCCGCCAAGUCCACCUAGGAGUCUGCCCAGUGACAGUGAAGAAGAGGAAAAUUCCAGUAAUUCCAAAACGCAAAAGAAUCCUGUUAAUUCUACGACCAAUGAUACAUUUAAGAAACCUGCUAAACCUUCAAAAACCAGAACUCGGGAGCAAAUCAGAGCUACAUCAUCCAGUGAUGCUGACAACUCACCUGUCCCGAAAAGAAGGAAGGCAGCUAGCAAGGAUGAAGAAACAGAAUCAUCUACUGCUAAACGUCCAAUGAGAGGAGCUGCUGAAAAAAAUGCAGAGGAAGUGCCAAAGCCGGUCAAAGCCAGAAGCACCACCCUUGCUCAAGAACAGAAGAGCACUCCUGUAUCAGUGAAGAGGAAUGUUAAAGGAGUCAGUAAGAAUGACACUGAAAGACGAAGUAGCCCAAAGAGACAGAUUAAUCCUACAGAGAAGGGUGCAACUUUGAAAACUUUCCAAAAUAUUUCUGCUGUAUCACCUUCACGAACUCCUCCAGCAAAGAGGGUAAAGAAAGCCGCCAAUGUAUCAAUUUUGACCACUGAAACGGAAAUUGACAUUAGUACUGAUGUACAACCCUCUGAAACUUCAAGUGCUGGCACCUCAAAGAUGUCUCCCCGAAGUCGUCCCAGCACAAGACGAAGUAUGUCUUUGCCUGACAGAAACUCUGUUGAUUCACCCCCAGCAUCAGCUGCUGAACUGCAGCGAAACAAAACCAAGAAGGUAGAUAAAAUUUCUUCCAAGCGUGUAUCUGAAGAAGGAAAUGAUUCUGAUAAGCCGUCCCCAACACGCGGUAGGCGUUUAAAACAAGGUCCAAAGCAAGAUCAGGGAAAGUCUGUCGCACCUGUGGCGCUCAAUUCUGAAGCUGACUCCGAUUGUUCUCCUGUUCCAAAGCGUGUUCGUCAACUCACCCAAAAGAGUAAAACUGUUCAAGGAAACAUGAAAUCUAAGUCACCAAAUGAUGCAUCAAAAUCCAGCUCUGAUGUUUCCCCAGCUCUGUCCACCAGAUCAGGACGGUCUGGAAGAGUACAGGAGUCCCCAUCCUGUGGUGCUAAGAGUUCUCAAUCUGAAAAUACUACAACUGAUUCAGACUCUUCUCCUUUACCUGCUUCAAAGCAAAAGCGUGCUAGAUCCAAGUCUGCUGCCUCUUCUCCUAAAGUGGUUGUGCUUAUGAAAGAGCUUACUCCCUCAUCCUUGGGGUCAGGCAAGGUUCCUCAAGUGAAAGGCAUUGUUCCAUUGAGAAACACACGAAGAAGUAUUUCACAGUCUGAGACCUCAGGUGGUCUGUCUGACCAAUCGUCACCAAAUGUUCGCUCAACGAGGCGAAGCACUGUUCGAAGUGAAGAUGAAAGUCAGUCUCCCCUAUCUGCUGCUUCACUCAAAGAGAGACCUAAGAAGAACAGCAAAGCCUCUGUCUCCAAAAGACCGGUUGAACUGGCAUCCAGCUCUGAUGAGUCACCUGCCAGGAGAUCAUUAAGAGGGUCAGCGGAAAAAGUCUUGAAUCCUAAAGGAUCAGCUGCCACGAAAACCACUCGAGCAGUGAUGUCUCCAAGCUCAGAAAGUCCUGCUUCCAUUUCUCCUCAACCUGCUUUCAAAGUGGGUCAUACCAAUCGGAAAACAGUGCAAUCUGAUAGUCCAGCCUCAGUCCAACAGAGCAAGAAAAUUCGCAAGAAGACUUCAGAUAUUGAAUCUCCUAUGUCUGAUUCUCCCGGCCGUUUCUUGAGAUCUCAGGUUGAAACUCCCUCUCCUAGGACAAGGAGUGGUAAGUUUUAAAUUAACUAUAAAUGUUUGUCUUGAAUUUCCUUGUUGGGAUGAGCUUUUGAGAAGGUUCAAAUGAAUUUCCUUGUUGGGAUGAGUUCGUGAGAAGAUUCAAAAACUAUUUUAUAUUUUUAUCUUGUAAAUUUUAUUAUUAUCUUAAUAUUCUGUUGUAAGCAUGGCCUGAAACACAUUCUGAUUUCUGUUUUAAGUAUGAAUUAUAGUUUCAAAAGACCUUUCUGA